CCUUCAUCCAAACUACAAACAUCGGCUGUAACUUCUCCUGUUUCCAUGAGCCUGAGGCGGAAGUUGUAACUGAAUCCUCUCUCCUACCGAGUUUGGAUUUGUUCUUGGAAAAAGCGAGCCGGCUUGUACAUUAAAUUGGGGGGUUGAACAUUUGGGAAAGCCCUUUUUUUUCCUGUGAGUGCUGACGCGUACAGCGGAUACGUGUUGUUCGGGCGCGCCGUGGAUCUGCGUCCUCUCAGCCUCUACCAUGUUACUUCGCCUUCUAGUUUUAGGAGCCUUUGUUUUCAGGGCUCGCUGUUACUUCUCGGAGGAAAAGUACCCGGAGGAGUCGAAAAUGCAGCCUCCUACGGUGGUUAUCGCGAUCAUAGCCCGGAACGCUGCUCAUUCCCUGCCGUACUACCUUGGCGCACUGGAGAGACUCAACUACCCCAAAGAUCGCAUCUCUGUGUGGGCAGCCACAGACCACAACACAGACAACACCACAGCCAUCCUGAAAGAGUGGCUUACCGUCAUGCAGAAGUUUUACCAUUAUGUUGAAUGGAGACCAAUGGAUCAGCCCACAUUUUAUCCUGGAGAGAUGGGCCCUAAACACUGGCCCAACAGCAGAUAUGAGUAUGUGAUGAAACUGAAACAGGCAGCACUGAACUUUGCCAGGAAACGCUGGGCUGACUACAUCUUGUAUUCUGACACAGACAACAUCAUCACCAACCCAGACACUCUUAACUUGCUAAUAGCAGAGAACAAGUCCGUCAUUGCACCCAUGCUAGACUCUGCAGGAGCUUAUUCCAACUACUGGUGUGGCAUAACUCCACAGGGGUACUAUCGUCGAACAGCGGAAUAUUUCCCCACCCGCCACCGUCACAGAACUGGCUGCUUUCCGGUGCCCAUGGUCCACUCCACGGUGCUGCUGGACUUAAGGAAGGAGGGCAUGAAGAAACUGGCCUUCUACCCUCCCCACCAGGACUACUCCUGGCCGUAUGAUGACAUUAUAGUGUUUGCCUUCUCCUGCCGAGCUACAGAAAUACAGAUGUACUUGUGUAAUAAGGAGCGCUACGGCUACCUGAAUAUACCAGCAAAACCUAACCACAGCUUGGAAGAUGAUCGACUCAACUUUGUUCAUGUCCAUCUGGAGUCAAUGAUUGAUGGUCCUCCCAUGCAAGUGUCUCGCCAUGUCCAUGUGUUUCCCAAACAAAGAGACCUCAUGGGCUUUGAUGAGAUAUAUCUCAUAAAUCUGCAACGCCGUCCUGACCGCAGAGACAGGAUGUUGUUUUCUCUGAACGAGUUGGAGAUUGACGUGAAGGUGGUGCACGCUGUGGAUGGAAAUGCACUGAACAGCAGUGACAUUAAGAUCUUGGGUGUGGACUUGCUGCCAGGUUAUUAUGAUCCGUUCUCUGGACGUACUCUGACCAAAGGAGAGGUGGGCUGCUUCCUCAGCCAUUACUACAUCUGGAAGGAGAUGGUGGACUUGCAGAUGGAUAAGGCUCUGAUCUUUGAGGACGAUGUUCGCUUCCAAGCAAACUUCAAACGAAGACUCCUCAGACUGAUGGAGGAGGUGGAGCUGGCGGAGCUGGACUGGGACAUCAUAUACCUCGGCAGGAAGCAGGUUAACCCCGGAAAUGAGGAGAUGGUGGAAAACGUUCGGAACUUGGUGGUGGCCGACUACUCGUACUGGACUCUGUCUUAUGCAAUUUCGCUGCAAGGAGCCCAAAAACUUCUCAAUGCUGAACCGCUGUCCAAGAUGCUUCCUGUUGAUGAAUUCCUCCCCAUCAUGUACGACAAGCAUCCAAAUGAGGACUACAAGUCCCACUUCCCCAACAGAAACCUCCAGGCCUUCAGUACACGCCCCCUCCUGGUGCAGCCAUGUUACUACGCUGGGGAUCCCGAGUGGGUGAGUGACACAGAGACAUCGACUCUGUGGGAUGAUGACGCAGUACGCACCGAUUGGAGAGGUUCCCACAAGACUCUGAAAGGGUCUCCGCCACCAGAGAUGCUGUCAGCUGCCUACAGAGAUGAACUCUAGAGCGGAGCGGGCACUGAGGUGGAAAACCAAGAGGUCAAAAGGCAAGAAGGUCAGAGAGACAAAUGUGGAGAAGGAAAGUGUUCUCAGACAUUAUGUCAGUCUCCUCCAUGUCACCCUUCAGACAUGCUCAGUGUCAAUUAAACUGGACUUGAAAGCAUGUUUGUUAAGUGUGUGGUGCUGACAUUUGAGGUUCGUAUGCAUAAAAGUUUUCAUUAAGGCUGUGCCUGUAAAGACAUGUAAUACAGGUGUGUUACUACUUGUCCAGAUGCCUUUUCUGCACAGUUUUUCAAAAGAACUUGCACAACUGAUUUGUCACCAGUACUAUCCCCUCUUCGAUCUCUCUCUUUUUUUUUUUUUUUUUUUUUACUUUUUUGUACUUAUUGUGUGGUGGAUAUUGUUGCAUUUUUGCUUGAUUGUAUGAGUGAGAUUACAGUGUGUGAGUUCUAUGAUUAUAUGUUUAUAAUGUUGGAGAAAAGCCUGCGUUUUCCAUGCUAAAUAUUCUCUCUGUAGCUAAACCAGUAACUGUGUCUACUCUGUAAUUAACCUUAAGUGACACUUCUCUCUGCUUUAUUAACAGUUUUCAAGUACCUCAUGUUUUCUAGAGACUGUAUCAAACUGUUUCAGUGGUUGCAUCUCCUUUUAAGUAGCCUUAACACAUUGAAUGUUUGCAAUUUAACAAUAAGCUUUGAUAAAGUGUCUUCACAGGUCUUACUAGAUUAAUGUUGAUGUCUUAUACCCAAAUUUUGACUUCUACAUCAUAGUUGGUGUCAUAUUUGUAGCAUCAGAUGAUAUCUGUAACAUAGGAGAAGCACUAAACUUAACCCUCAGACUGACACCAAAUCCAUUUCAACUUUAUUUCACCUUUGCAUUCCAAAGUGAGACAUACUCUUAAUUAAAAUCUUACUAACUUUGCCACCAGUAUUUUCUAAUUGCAUGUUUUGCAGAUUAACGCUAAUUAGACACAGUUGCACAAGUGGGGCAAUGUGAACCAUGGUAUAUUUGGUCAGGUAUGAUGGAGUGUGAACCCGUCCUGUUAGCAGCAGAUGUGUGAUACUCCAAACAAAAUGUCACCUUAAGUAUUGUGCCUUCUGUUUUCAUAUGCUGUUUUGUGUCUCAUGUGGUUUUAAAAGAGAAUGUUUCACUUAUGUUGUAGUAGAACAUAUACUUUUAGGACUUUUUUUGUGCAUCACUGGGAAUUUUGACAUCUGUUGCAAUGAAAGCAACUGUUGUAAUUCUGAUGUCCUUCAUUUUAACUUCCAUUCAGCAUUUAUAAUGGUAUGAUUUCAUGUGUAAUUUUAUCUUUUAUAUGUGUGUUUCUUUUGCUGCCUAUGUCCUAAUUUAUUUGCUGAGACUUUAUGUUGUUGGUAUUUGAGUCACAUAAGGUCAUGUGCAACAUGGAAUUAAGUGCAAUUACUUUUCUGUCAAAAGCCUGUGGCACGUAAAUGUCAAUACCAUUGAUAUUCAGAUGAAAUGAAAUAGGGAAACUGUUCAGAAGAUUGUCUUCAAA